AUGGAUCCUGAUUUCCAGUCUGUCGUUCCAAUUUUACGAAUCUUCGAUGUCAAAAAAGCCGACGAAUUCUACCUAGAUUUCUUGGGAUUCACAGUGGAUUGGGACCACCAUUUCGACGAUAACGCGCCACUGUAUCGUCAAAUUUCCAAAGGUAGUCUCAUUCUACACCUUAGUGAGCAUCACGGAGAUGGUAGCCCUGGCACAAAGAUUCGCGUCAUGAUGAAACAGGGCAUUGUCGGGUAUCAUCAGGAGCUCAUCACAAAAAAGUAUCGAUACAUGAGGCCAGGGAUAGAAAAGGGCUAUGGAGGGCCGAACUCUCAAGAAGUUACCGUGAUUGAUCCCUUUGGCAACACAAUCACAUUUUGUCAGGCUGAAAAGGAUGAAUAA